GAACCACACCCUGGGCAGCUGGAGGGGAGGUUGGGUGGGCGGUAGCCGUAGCGAACCGCCAGGCCGUCCCGAAAAGCAUCGCCGCUGAGGUCGGUCUGGUCGCUGCACGACGGCAUGGCCGUGAGCCACGCGUGCGUCUUGGCCUCCUGCGCGCGCCGAGCAGCUCGUUGGCGUCCUGGGGGAAGGCGGGCGACACCGUCGUCGAAGCGCUCCUUGGCCUGUGCGUCCGCCCGCCUCUUCCCCUCGUGAAUGGCCGUGUGCAUCUGGAGGCGGUGGAUGAGUCAUACACAAAGGACUGGCUAAUGGGUAUGUCCUUGCUUCUCGUGUGCAUGUGUUAGGUGACGUGUUCAUUCUACAAACGGCCUUGAUCCAUCUCAGUGGAUCCAUCGCCACACUGAGAAUGAUGUUUUGCGUUGCUAUUCUCUGUUUGUUGGUCAUGGCCGCCGCCUUCAGUCCCCCUCACUCCAUCAUGGUGCACAAGCCCCUCCCCACGACCAGCUCCCGGCCCCUUACCCGUCAUCACACCAUCACCGCCAGGCUCAGCCUUAAUCCGCGCCAGCUCAUCCGCCGGUUUACCCGUCGGUUUCGGCGUAUGCGACGUCGGCCGGCCAAGCGAGUGGAGGUCACUCAGCUGCGGCAAGAGGAGGAGAGCGUGUAUGAGGCUCUGUCCACGGCGUACCAGGGCGUGGCUGUGCUCAAGGAUCAGGAGCUCGACCAGAUGCGCAUAAUGUGGGCAAUAGAAAUGGGGUCCCUCAACUCUGUGAUGAUCUUCCAGUGAAAAAGCGCGACACAGAUGCUCACAUUGCUGCCCUCUGCCGCAUUGUCAAAGAACGACCCAUCGACACGGUCCGUAAGUACUUUGCGGCCAAAGCCAACCACACGCACGUACACCUGGUGUGAUCCAUUCCUUCUUAAUCAGGAGAUUGAUCGGAAGCUGGGCGUGCUUGUGGACGCCUAUGAGCAGUGCUGCCAAGACAAUCGGUCGUUCGUGGAGUUCUAUCAAGACAUGUGGCGUGAGCUAUCAAAAGGUACGUAAGGACGGCCACAGACAGGACGACAGGCACAUGACGCACAUACGGACGGGCAGGCGUAAGUGCGUAUAAUGCGUGCCAUUCACUGUGUGGUGUGUCGAUAUUGCCUACAGCCGAGCACAAGGUGGCGAGCUGCGCGCCGCCCGUGUGGAUCACAACCACGGACCAUGAUGACUUCAGCCGCGCAAUGGUCAGCCAGCAGGCCAGCCCGCCAGCCAAGUGUGACAUAUGGAUGACAUGGUGUGUAUGUGUGUGUGGCUGGAUCAACGCCAUCGUCCAUCCAUCGAAGGAGAUUAUCUGUGCGGCAUUGGAUCUGGGGACACAGCGCCGCGAUGUGGGCUGGAUCAGGGCCAUGAAUGGGGAGGGCAAGGAGGAGAGGGAGGGAGGGCCAGGCUCAUGGGAGUACCUGGAGCGACACGGACUGCUAGACAAGUAUUACGAGGAUCUGGAGCGGAAGAUUGAGGAGAACCAGAAAUUGGCAGCCGAGGAGGCCCAGCAAGACGCGCUGAACAAUUUGCUUGCAAGAGCCCCUCGCGCAACGCCAGUGAAUGACUAACUCGGCUGGACGUUGUUGAUUUCUCUGUCAGAGUCUGUCUUUCAUACAUGCGAUCAGUACUGUGUAUGCUGCGUGUUGGUGCUUUCCGAGUAAAUUAUUUUUGGCGCCGCGAUAUGCAAGAACACAUAGUCUCACAGCUUCAUGGUAUGAUAUGAAUGGAUGUGGAAAUACAGGCACAGAGUCUGUCGGUCUCUCAUGAAAUCAAGUGUG